AUGAAAAGUGAACAAACUGGUGAAGUUUUGCUCCCACCGUCUGCUUUUCUUAUCUCAGAUCCUAAUCAUUCCAAUUGCCCUCAGGAUGUGAACAAUGAUGCUGAACGCACUAAUUCGACAAUAAGCAAUAAGAGCACUAGAAAAUUGUCAAUAAGCUCGAUUAUUUCUAAACUAAAUAAGAAUUCAGAUGAUUUAAACGAUGAUGGUCAUUUUGAUCGAAUCAAUUCAGAAGACAUACAAUUCAAUUACACUAACAAAUUUGUUAAUGAACUGAAACAAGAAAAUGAAUAUCUUUUACGAAGUCAGACGAAAGCUUUAGACGAAUUGAACAAAAUACGAGGAUACAUUGGAUUGGGUAGAGUUUCAUCUAAAAUUACAUUUAAGGAAGAUUCUCUUGAACAACAUAAAUGUAUUUGCGAUACAGAAUUACUGGAAAAGCUGAAAUAUUUGGAGAAUAAAAAUUCUGAGUUAAAUCUGCAACUUGAACAAAUGAACAGUCGAAUGAGUAGUUUGGAGACAGUUUUAGAAAUUCAAGAAAAACAGUUGUCCAGAGAAAGUGGUAAUGAAGUGUUACCUAUUAAUAAUAAGUCUGGAAAAGUGGAAAAUUUACUUUGCACAUGGCGUAAACAGCUACUUUCAGAAUUUGAAUCUUUAAAAGCAACUUUAGAAGCAACUGAAUUUAAACUGAAAGCUAGCGAUUCCGCACUGAACGUAGAACGUAAUAAAAGACAGGGAUUCGAAAACGAUUUGGAAAGUUUACACUCAAAAUUAGCAAUGACUCAAUCAAAUUUAACAGAAUCUCGUGAGAAUUACAAGAAAUUCGCUUUAAAUACAAAACAAAAUCUUGAUCAAAUUGUGAAAGCUAUACAAACGUUUAUGAAUUGGCCUGAAUCCGGUUCACUGAGUCAACAAACUCCAAUAACAAUAUGUUCAGUUUUUCGUCGUUUAAGACAUUUAGAAAGGCGUUUAGAAUUUGCUAACUCUCGUCUUCCCGUUUUACGCACUCGUUUAUUGUUAUCGUCAUCAUUAUCACACCGGAAAGCAGAUGUAGACCAGUCAACCCAAGUCAGCUACGAAUUAAAACAUUGGAUUGGUGAUAUUUUAUCAGAAUCAGAGAAAGAAGAGAUUAUUUCUCAGGCUCAAACCGAGGCUCUUAGGGCUAUAAAAGAGCGUGACCGAGCAUUAGAACAGUUGUCCGAUUACGUUAAAUCAUUUGAUAAUCGUGUUCAAGAUGCUGAGAAAGCAGUUGAAAAAGAAUUAUCAGAACUUCGGGAAGCAAACAGAAUUUUGAAUUUAUCUUUACAUGAUGAACAAAAGAAAUUAAAAGAAUGUUCAGAUCAAUUAAAAAGUGAAAAAGUAACUAAUAAUGAUCUCGAACAAAAGUAUACAAAUGAAAUUGGACAUUUAAAAACUCAACUCUCCGAAACGGAUAUAAAGCUUACCAAAGCUUUAACGGAACUACGUCGGGCUGAACGCCGUGUAGAUCGAGAAAUUAAUGAAAGAAAGUUACAGAUCAAUAGUAUUGAGAAUACCUACAAAUCCAAAAUUCAAACUCUAGAGAAUGCACUUCAUUCGUUUUACCCAGAACCUUAUCACUGCUAUGGUAACAAUACAGCGAAGUCACCAAAUGUUAUUCAAAAAAUGACGAGUCCAAUAGUACCUACAUUUGCAAGCCAUAUUGAUCUCAACGAAUCAAUUCGUAAACUUGACCACCUUGCUGAUCGACUAAAUAGCGAUUUGUCAAGCGAUUCAGAUGCUGAAAAAGAUGUUGAACAGUGA